AUGUACGAAACAGAUGACGUAACAAUAACGACAGUAACUUCUAUACUCGUUAUUACGAGUAUCGUGGGAAAUUCUCUUGUCUGUGCUGUCAUAAUAAGACAUCGAGAUAUGAGGUACCCAUAAGGGACGGACCAUUAUUUUUUUGAAAGGGUAUGGGCAUGAGAAAUUAUCUUCUGCAAACAUUUUUUUUGAACAUAUAUGUCUCUGCAAACACUUUUUUCCAUCGUCAUCUUUUUGCAAACAAUUUUUUUUCCACAUUUUCAGUGUUCUUUUUAUUUGUGCUAAAUAUUACCAUUGCCUUAUUUUAAGACUGUUUUUCGAAGAACCUAAUCAAUAGUGCUAUAGCCACUUUAUAUUUUGUCGAUAUACGCUCCACUCACCUUUUCAAAUUUUUGGCAGCUACUGACGCAAAUAAAGGGCAUACGAUAGGAAAUAGCCAAAGGAAGUAGCGGGCGUUUUGCGAUUCCACAGUACCAAAAGCCAUGGCUCUUAACAGUACCGAAGUCCUGAUCCCCUUUGAUGAUGUUCCCACAGGCCAUCAUACUGGGACCACCCGGCCUGAGGUACCCGGGGUAGAUGCGCCCAUUUCUUGAAAGAAUGUCAUCAUUAAAUGGAAAGGCGAGUGGCAUUCCUUCAAAGAAAACCCGUGAAAAUUCGGACCUUAAGCCGUCAUGUAUUAGACAUUAACUUAGCAUUAUUUUAUGUCGUUCAUGUAAUUCAUGGACUUCUGAAGUUUGGAGAAUAUUGUUCGUUUAACAGUGUUGAGAAAAAUACCUGGUAUAUGAAGUGUUGAAAAGUAACGUUGAGAUUUUAACUGCCACAAUAAUUCCCAGAAUCAGAUUUUUUAGAUUUGUUAUACAGAGUGACCAUGCCACUUUUAUUUUAAAGUACCCACAUCGUGUUUAUUUUUAUAUUUAUGCUUCAAUUUUUUACUUUUAUUUUCUUUUUUAUUUCAGUUUUAGUAACGAUAUUUUUGAUAUUUUCCCUGGCUUCUCUGCAAACAUUUUUUUCUUACCCUAUCACGUUUGCAAACAAUUUAUUUUGUCUUUUCAGAUCAUGCAAACAAUUUUCUUCAGCAUUUCUCAUUCCCCCCCUCCCCACCCCAGAAAAAUAAUGGUCCGUCCCCAAAGAGAAGGAGUAGAAAAUAACAAUGUAUUCGUCUAGCAAAGUUACAUACUGCAUAAAGAUUAGUGAGAAGCUUUAAAUUAAUUCGUCAAGUUGACAUCCAAUCCAAAUAACUCGUACAGUAGUCUCCCUCGCUGCCGUUUUAUGGAUGUCACGAAACGCUCCCCAAAAAAACGGCUGCGAGGGAGACUACUCUUACGGUUGAGACCGCGAUGACAUCAUUUCUAUUGUCCAAUCUUGAGGAUUCCCGUAAAUUUUCUUCUGGCGAACUUGGCUAUCGCAGAUAUCAUGUACGCCCUAUUUUACAUACCAAGGAUCAUUUGGGGUCAUAUUGCCAGUCACCCUGAAGGUCUGGCUGGAAGAAUUUUGUGUGCCCUGCUAACAGAUGCUGCCUUGGCGUGGGUUGGCGGCGCUUCUUCGGUCUUCACUUUGGUGGCCGUCGCCACGGAACGUUACUAUUCCGUCUUGCAUCCACUUGAAAACAAAGCACAUCUUAGCGUGCGCAAACUUAAGGUAUGAUACCAAAAAUAACCAACUUAGGCACAAGAUAGCAACAAAGAUCUCUCAGUGUCCCGUAUUAUUAUUCUUCACUUCUUUAGCUUUGUCUAAUUUUAUCUACGGUUUACCCGUAUAUGGAGCGUCUGAACCUGAUCUUAAUAUUAUACAGAACUUUUCAGAUAGAUGUCAUAAGCGCCGUUUUAUUUCUUACCCCGUUUUAAUUAACGAUCUCUUAAGAUAGCAAGACAGUAAAAUUUUUAAGAAAGUAACCUCUAUAAACAAUCAGCCACUCGCUCCAAACAUUCCUUCAAAGAAAGUCUGUUCUUAUAACCUCCGUAAAAAAACAAUGUGCCCGUCCCAAAGCUAAUACUGAGUAAUUCAUAUCUGCAUUUGUAAAUAGAUUAAUAUUUAAAAACAACCUCAGUAGAGGAUAGUUAGGAUUCAACGAUUAUUUUCUUUAUUUUAUUAUGUAUUAUUCCGGACAAUUGUAACACAGGAUAUGUAUCUAUAUCUUAUGUGAAAUAAAGACCAUUAUUACUAUUAUUAUUGUUAUUAUUAUAUGCUUAAUGUUCCUCCAUCUGUUGAAGAUGGCGACACUUUUUAACUUUACAUUAGAAUGAGUUUGAAGAAGAUGUUUUUUACGAAAUUACUUUUUGAUAGAUAAAAAUUCAUUUUUUCCUCAUUUAGAUCUUCAUUUCUGGUUCUUGGAUACUCGCAUUGAUAAUGAACGUCCCUGAAUUCUGGAAAAAGAUCGAGGGCAGUACUUGCAGUUACGCAUGGACCAAGAAGUGGAUGCCCAAAGCUUACACUUUGAUAUGGCGUGUUUUCUUUGGGCUUUCUUUUAUGCUGAUGACUGGAUUAUACUCCAGGGUUAUUUACGCUCUCUGGUUCAAAAAUGCAAGUAAUUCCAAAGUCGUAAAUCGACAAAAGGUAUGAUUUGAUUCGCCUUAUGGGCAAUGCCGUUCUUUCACUACACCUCUGUGUUUCAAUGAAGUAUAGCUCUCGCUUACUAUUUCUUAUCCUUUCCUGCAUUACAACAUGCAAAUUUACAAGUUUCCGAAUAGAGUGUUUUCACAUGACGUCACGGCGGCCAUGCUGGUGUCCCAAACCAAUCCUCUAGGAGUUGAACUCAUUUCUUAUACAAACGCUUUCUUUUGUUCCAAUAAAUUUGCAUAGAUGCUGGCUACGUGAGUGAAAAGAGUCUUUAGAUAACUACGCGACAAAAUCAUCAUAAAAACGUAUUUAUCGAAGAUAGUCGCCAUAGGUUGAAAUGCCUCAAGUUUGGCAGACCUUUUUUGCUUCAAUUAAAGAACUUCUACCCUUUUUCGUUUAUAUAAAUGCCACUUUUAUUCUGUCAUCAUUACCCUGGCAACAGUAGGGCAGUUUUUCUAUAAUUUAUGAUACAAAAAAGAAAAAACGUUAUUACAUUAUUGAGUUAACAUUUACCGGUUUACGUCUUACAGACAACUAUCAAGAAACGCUUAUUAUCUUAAUAGUUUGUUCCUGUAAACACGCCCCUCUUCCUACCAAAAGCCGGCUAAUAACUUAAAAUGGUGUUUCUGUUUUUGUAGGGUGGGGUGAAGGUGCGGAAGCGAGUCACCUUGAUGGUUGUCGCUGUCACUGCAAUCUUUGGAAUAUGCUGGGGAGCAGACUCAGUGUUGCACGUCUUGAAGUAUUUUUCGUCCAACAAGCUCGCUUCCUCUGCAAUUCCCAUUGCUCACACGGCCGUCAUGUUUAAUUCUGCCGUCAACCCGUUUGCAUAUGCUUUGAUAAACCAAAGAUUCAGAAAGAAAAUGAAAAGGAUACUAUUCAUUGGGAAUCAUGGAUGCUCAAGGCAAUGA